CCGGAAAGCGCGGGGCUGCGGGCGGCAAUUAAUUCCCGCUGGGCGCGAUGCUGAAGACGGAGCAGCCCUGGAUGUAACGCGCGGCGCCUCGGAGAGCCCGGAUCCCAGGCUGAACUUUGCUUUUUUUUUUUUUUCUUUCACCUUUUUAUUUUUCCUUUUUUUUUUUCCUUUUUUUUUUUUUUUUUCCCCCCUUUUGUUGUUGUUGUUGCUCUCGCCGUUAAUUAUCGUUACCAACCCUCUUCCGCCGCGCCCUCCCCGCCGAUGCCCGUGUGAGCGCCAGCACCUGCGGGGGCCAUGGAGGGCUCCACCGGCUUCGGGAUCGACUCCAUCCUCUCGCACCGAGCCGGGAGCCCGGCAGGGCCCAAGGGGGACCCUCUGGGGGGCGACGGGAGGUCCCCGCUGGAGCUGAGCCCCCGCUCGGAGGGCAGCAGCGGGUGCCCCUCGCCCCGCUCGCCCGGCCGCGAGUGCCUGGAGGCGGCGGGGCCGCAUCUGCAGCCCGGCCAGGGCUCGGCUCCUUCCCAGUCCCGGACCGUCACCUCGUCCUUCCUCAUCAGAGACAUCCUGGCCGACUGCAAGCCCCUGGCAGCCUGCGCCCCUUACUCCAGCACCAAUGGACCUCACGGCGGGCAGGAGCCGGCGGGCAGGAUCCCCACCAAACCCGGCGAGGACUUUAGGGAGAAAAUGGAAAAAACCACCAGCAGCUCUUCCUCGGAUUCCGAGUACAAAGUGAAAGAAGAAGGGGACCGGGAGAUCUCCAGCUCCCGGGACAGCCCCCCGGUGCGGCUGAAAAAGCCGCGCAAAGCCCGCACCGCCUUCACCGACCAUCAGCUGGCCCAGCUGGAGCGCAGCUUCGAGAGGCAAAAAUACCUGAGCGUGCAGGACAGGAUGGAGCUGGCGGCCUCCCUCAACCUCACCGACACGCAGGUGAAAACCUGGUACCAGAACAGAAGAACCAAGUGGAAAAGGCAGACGGCGGUGGGCCUGGAGCUGCUGGCCGAGGCCGGCAACUACUCAGCCCUGCAGAGGAUGUUCCCCUCGCCCUACUUCUACCCGCAGAGCCUGGUCUCCAACCUGGACCCCGGCGCUGCCCUCUACCUGUACCGCGGACCCAGCGCGCCGCCCCCGGCCCUCCAGAGACCCCUGGUGCCCCGCAUCCUCAUCCACGGACUGCAGGGCGGCAGCGAGCCCCCCCCGCCCCUGCCCCCCCUGCCCGGCGUCCUGCCCCGGGCCGCGCAGCCCCGGUGA